CUGGAUCCAAAACCUGGCUCUACCGCUAGUGAGCUGUGUGACCUUGGACGAGUUGCCGGACCUCUCUCUGCCUUAGUUCUCUUCUCAAGUAGGGAUAAUAAUGGUAACUUCCUCUGAGGUCAUGGUGAGGAUGGCAGGAAUUGAUCAGCAUAAAGCACUCAGAACAGCGCCGGCCCAGAGGAAGCGCGUGCUAAAUGCUCCGCGUGGAUUUUGCAAUGUCACGCCGUUGGCCAGUGGGGGAGGGGGUGCGUGUGCAGUGGGAUUUCGGGGUAUAGAAGGUGCGAGGGAGGAGCGGCGUUCGCUGGGCACCCCCUGUGGGGCCUGCACGUCUGUGACCGUUGGCAGCCUCCAUCCGGCCCUCACGACCCCCCUGCAAGGUAGGCAUCACCACGCUCCUUUGCCAAUGAGGACACCAAGGCCCAGAGAGAGGUCAAGGAGUCUGCUGGAGCGAGGCGGGACCCGUCCCACUUCCGGGUCAGCCUGGGGAGAGUCUGAGGCCACGGCCCUCACUCAGCUCCUCCCUGUGCUGGUGUCGAAAACGAACCGGGCGGGGCCGUGUGAUGGGUGCAGGGCGGGCUCUGGGGAGCUGCGGCUGAAAUGCAGGGGAGGAGGUCAAGGGAAGGACUGGGCAGCCCCGGGGAGUGAUUUGUACCCACUUAGCAAUCAUUUACUCCGCGCGGGGCACGUGAAGGGCACGAUCCCAUUUGUUCCUCAUUACAGUUUUAUGAGGUAAGGACUAUUGUUAGCCCUACCCAGGGAUGCGGAGGGCAGGGACCAGAGAGGCUAAGUAAUUUGCCCAAGGUCACGCAGGCGGAAAUUGGUGCAGAGAGUCCAGAGCUGAAGCCAUGGCAGGGGGACGAUGAGGGCUCUUGAGACUCAAGACGAGGACGUGGCCAGACCUCCUGGGGCCUGAGCAGCAGCAGGUCAGAGCUGAAUGAACCCUCCCCCCCAACCAGGCCGGCCAGGCCGGAGAAGCCUCAGUCAGAGAGGGAGAAGGGGCAGACCCCGUGCUCCUCGCGGGGCUGGGAAAGGGGGACAAGGGCGUUCAUUCCUUCCACGGCCCCCAGGGAAAUCCUCCCACCCUCUAGAACCCGUCCUGGGUGCACUUGAGUCAGGAACCCCUCGGCCCCGCCUCGUCUCUGAUGCCCUGUGUCUGCUCCCUCUGGUAGAAGAAAAGAGUCAGCCUCCCUGUCCAAACCGCAGAGGGGUUCAGGGAUGAACGGGGCUGAAGAGACUCGGGAGCACCCACCAGAUCCCCCGCCUUAUUUCGGACUCUGUGCUGGGCGCCUUGUUUCUCUCCCACUCUCCUGCCAGGGAGCAAACAUGGUCCCCCGUUCUGCAGGUGGAGGGAAGGAGCGCCUGGCCGGAGCAGCUUAGUGGUGAAGCCAGGGCUUGAAGCUGGGCUUCCCGACUCCCUGUCUCGUCAUCACCGUCAUCUUGGUCAGCAGCACCGCCACCAUUGUCACCUGCAUAUUCUUCGCAUUUUGCCGGCCCGGCGUUUCUGUUCCAGGCCGGCCGGCGUUUCUGUUCCCAGUAGUUAUAUCACAUUGGUCUCAACAAAGGGCCGGGUGAGGCCCUGCGUCUUCCCAGGUGACCACGCCGGCUUCAGGACAUGCACGGGCACAGCCGCAACGGGCAGGCCCACGUGCCCCGGCGGAAACGCCGCAACCGCUUCGUCAAGAAGAACGGCCAAUGCAACGUCUACUUCGCCAACCUGAGCAACAAGUCGCAGCGCUACAUGGCGGACAUCUUCACCACGUGCGUGGACACGCGCUGGCGCUACAUGCUCAUGAUCUUCUCCGCGGCCUUCCUCGUCUCCUGGCUCUUCUUCGGCCUCCUCUUCUGGUGUAUCGCCUUCUUCCACGGCGACCUGGAGGCCGGCCCGGCGGCGGCGUCGGCGGGGGCGGCGGGGGCGGCGGCGGCGGCGGCGGCGGCGGCGGGGGGGGCCCCGCCGGGCGGUGGCGCGGCGGCCCCGGUGGCCCCCAAGCCCUGCAUCAUGCACGUGAACGGCUUCCUGGGCGCCUUCCUGUUCUCGGUGGAGACGCAGACGACCAUCGGCUACGGGUUCCGGUGCGUGACGGAGGAGUGCCCGCUGGCGGUCAUCGCCGUGGUGGUCCAGUCCAUCGUGGGCUGCGUCAUCGACUCCUUCAUGAUCGGCACCAUCAUGGCCAAGAUGGCCCGGCCCAAGAAGCGGGCGCAGACGCUGCUGUUCAGCCACCACGCGGUCAUCUCGGUGCGCGACGGCAAGCUGUGCCUGAUGUGGCGCGUGGGCAACCUGCGCAAGAGCCACAUCGUGGAGGCCCACGUGCGGGCCCAGCUCAUCAAGCCCUACAUGACCCAGGAGGGCGAGUACCUGCCGCUGGACCAGCGGGACCUCAACGUGGGCUACGACAUCGGCCUGGACCGCAUCUUCCUGGUGUCGCCCAUCAUCAUCGUCCACGAGAUCGACGAGGACAGCCCGCUCUACGGCAUGGGCAAGGAGGAGCUGGAGUCGGAGGACUUUGAGAUCGUGGUCAUCCUCGAGGGCAUGGUGGAGGCCACCGCCAUGACCACCCAGGCCCGCAGCUCCUACCUGGCCAGCGAGAUCCUGUGGGGCCACCGCUUCGAGCCCGUGGUCUUCGAGGAGAAGAGCCACUACAAGGUGGACUACUCGCGCUUCCACAAGACCUACGAGGUGGCCGGCACGCCCUGCUGCUCGGCCCGGGAGCUGCAGGAGAGCAAGAUCACCGUGCUGCCUGCCCCGCCGCCCCCGCCCAGUGCCUUCUGCUACGAGAACGAGCUGGCCCUCAUGAGCCAGGAGGAGGAGGUGAUGGAGGAGGAGGCCGCGGCCGCCGCGGCCGUGGCCGCAGGCCUGGGCCUGGAGGCGGGCUCCAAGGAGGAGGCGGGCAUCAUCCGAAUGCUGGAGUUUGGCAGCCACCUGGAUCUGGAACGCAUGCAAGCCACCCUCCCGCUGGACAACAUCUCCUACCGCAGGGAGUCCGCCAUCUGACCUCCAGGCCCCGCCCUCGUCACUUCCCACAGGAGCCUCUGCCCCGCCCCCCCGGGGGGGGAGGGGUGGGACGCCAGGACACGCCCCUCCACGCUCAGGACAGAGCCGACCCUGGCUCCGUGGACCUUCUGGAGGGAGGCGGGGGCUUCAAAGACUGGGGGACCCCUCCCUAUUGACUCCAGAGCCCAGGCCUGGGAAGGGCCCAGGACACCCUCUGCCCUGUCAGCCGACCCGCUGGCGUCUCGGGGACCCCAGACCCACCACCCUUUUCCCACUGACACUUCAAGGACGUGCCCCCUUUGCUCUCAGAACCUUGGGGAGGGCGGCUGGACUGCUGGGGGGUGGGCAUCAUGGGGUUCUGGGGUGGGCAGGGGUUAGUGCAGGGGGGAGGGAGGGCGGGGGUGCGUUUCUUUUGCAUGACUGUGACCUGUUGUUCUUGCCUUUCUUUUGUAAAUACCUAUAAAUGCAGAGUUGGAGGCGCCGAAUCCACCUUCUGCCAUUUGUACCUGCAGGACAAGGAGGUGCGGUCCCUCUCGGUGAACCCCUCUCCCACCCCUCCCUGCCCGUCAAGCCUAGCCCCUUCCCCCUGCCCCGCUAGCUGGCUGGUCCCCAAAGCCAGCCAUCUUGGCCCCUGGGUGGUGUUGGGUUUGGGCGCAGAGGUGGGACCCCAAGGGGCAGGAUGAGGACCGUCCCCACCCCCACCCCCAUGGUCCCUCCAGGUCCCCGGGGUCCGGCCCAGAUUGACAAUGGAGUUUGUAACUAUAUAUUUUUAAUAAAGUAUAUGGUCCACUA